GCCUCCUCCUCAUCCUCCUCUUCAUCUUCUUCUUCUUCUUCUUCUUCUCAGACUCCAGGGUAACAGGCGCGGGAGAAACAUCAAAAAUGCAGAGGUGCUUUGGGAUAUUUUGCGUGUCGCUGAUCUUUUGCGCGACUCUGUCUGAGACCAUCGGGCUGGUCAUCGUGGCGAAGGAGAAACGAGGCUGGACUCUGAACAGUGCUGGCUACCUGCUGGGUCCCCGUCGUAUUGAUCACCUAAUUCAGAUAAAGGAUUCUCCCAGUGUCCGAGGCCGAGACGAGCUGGUGGCUCCAUAUGGAAUAGAUGGACACAGGACUCUGGGAUACAAGUCGGGUCUGGCUGGCAAGAGGGACAUGGAGGAGGACUUCAGGACAGGUUCCCUGAGAAUAGCAGACGGAGAUAUAAUCCACACCAUCAUUGACUUCCUGUCGUACCUGAAGCUGAAAGAGAUGGGGGCCCUGGACAGCCUGCCUUCCUCUGUGACAUCAGACGAACUGGCCAAUCGCUGACGAGUCCUCUCCACCUCCCCAAGUCCCUGUGUUGUUGCUGUCUGAAGCCCCGCCCCCUAAAUGUGCCCUUAAUGUAGCUCCAUUCACACCGUGAUGCGGGAUGUGUUCGGAGUAUUAUACUCUUCGAGAGCGAAGACCAAAUGGUUCAGAUCAUUCUGCUCCUGUAAAUAAAACUCUUUGAACCAUCUUCA